UUCAAAUGAUUCUAAAUGAAAAUAAUUUUGUGAUAGUGGGCAUUGAAAUGUAAGUAUAUUACUAAAUGUCUGAGUAACGAUCUAUCACUUUGCAAUUCGGUCUACUUGUAGUCUACCCAGGCUCCUUUUAUCAUUAGUUUGCCUGAAGCACAUGAACGCACCCCUUCUGAUAACUUCAGUUAUUAAAUGGAAUGGCUCCUCCUGGCGGACGCAUCGUAAAUUACAAGGAGUACAAACGUUUUCACUCUUGUUUACUCUGUUUGCUACCCUCUAUUAGCUUGGAGACGCUAUGAGCGAAAGAGAAAUUGUUGUUGUUACAGGGUUUGGACCGUUCAGACAGUUCUUGGUGAACCCCAGCUGGACAACAGCCCAGGGAUUAAAGUUGGCCGGGAUGGGACAGCGCAUCGAUGUUUACAUCAAGGAACUGCCAGUUAGCUACAGUUCAACCCAGAGGAUUAUUGCUGAGCUUUGGCAGACCCUUAAACCAAAGUUUGCUGUUCACCUGGGCAUAGCCAGAGGUUCCAGUCUUGUCAUUUUGGAGCAAACUGGUAAGAACAGCGGAUAUAGCACCCGAGACGUUUGCAACUGCUGCCCCACAGAUCACCGCUGCAUCGUAGGCGGCCCAGAGAAACUGGACUCCGUUGUUAAUAUGAGGGCCAUCUCCAAGCACUUUAAGCAAGCAGGAAUGGAUGUGGUUCAUUCUAGAGAUGCUGGCAGAUACUUGUGUGAUUUUGCUUAUUACUGCUCACUGUAUCAUGGUGAGAGGAGAGCAGCUUUCAUCCAUAUACCCUCAUCUGGCAGUUUAUCCUCGGCUGAGAGACUGGUACCUCUUCUUCAGGAAACAAUUGUCAUGAUGCUUGAUCAGCUGGAAGAAGCCAAAUAUCACUCAGAAACAAUUGCAGGAAGCAUCUCAAAGUUGACAUAUGAUGUCCAAACCCACGCAGAGGAGAGUUCUAAUGAAAAGAAAUCUAAUACUUUCGGCUGUGCUGACACACCACAGUAACCUGCCUUCUGCUUCGUCCAAUAUCUGGUGUCCAGUACACUUGUUGAUGCUAAGUUAUAAAACAGGUUAAAAACCUGACUUCUUGUCAGCAUCUUGUCAUUUGUGCCAUUAGUGGAAACUCACUUCUAACCUGUCAAAACCAGAGUUGUUUCAAUUAUAUAUGCCAUAUGUUUCAAUUAAAUAUAGCCUCAGCUAUGCUAUCGUAUACUUUGCUGUUUAUUCCUUCUGUCAAUGUUUUGUUUAGCACUAGGCUGGUGUCCAUUGCCAUCCUGAAAUUUCUCACCAGGGUUUAUCAGUGCUCAUCUCAGCCGGUGUUUAAUUUCAGGCACUGGUCAAAUAACACAGUGUCAGUGAUGCAGAUUUUAAACUGUUGUGACCAAUAAGAUGCUGAGUGUCACAUGAAAAUACUGCGGAGGUAUUGCACUUGGUGAGCCCAGGAUGUCGCUCUGUACAUAUCUGUAGCACUGAGAUUUUUUUUUUUACCUCCUUUGUUCAUAGCUAAUAUAAAUAUGGGCCCUCUUCCGGUCUGGUGGCCAGUUUCUAAGAAAAAUCAGUCACUCUAUCACAUCGUAUUUAUACACCAGGGAAAUAGAAAGCUAUGGAUUGACAAAUUUAAAGUUUACUGAAACUCAUAGACUUAAUAAGAAACACAAAUGUAAAGAAUUCCACGAUUUACAUUUAUUUUAAACAUAUUAUUAGAUCCCCUUUACCCCGCAAGCAAGUAUAAUCAAUGGACGGAUAAAUAAUCUGUAAUAAUUCUACUGCAAUAAUAAAAACUGAUUCAUUGUAAGUUUUGUAAUACAUCUUUAACAGAGUUGUCAAUAAAAGUGUCUGGCACCAUGUAGUCUCUUUUGUUCGUAACCCUGCUUGAAAGAAGCAACUUUAGUCCGUAGGCAAGUUGUGUGACUCACAGCUACCUGAGGAAUACUUUGCAUGGAGACGUUGAAAAACAUCCAAAUAUGACUCAUCUUACUGCAUGUUUUCCUCCCUACUUCCACUUUGUGUUAUCCCCUCUAUUCAUCACUCUUUGUCUAAAUGUCUGGCUUCAGUAGUCUUCCUCAAGUCUCCUUUAAAACACCAAAGCAUAGGGGGCCACGAGCAGCGGCCUGACUCCACUGCAUGCCGCUCAAAGACAAAAAAAAGCUAAGCCCUUACUCCAGCACCACCUCUGUAACACAAUCCACACACUCCUGUAAUCAGGACAAAACUGUUGGGGCUGCCAUAGAAACCAGAGGUUUGUGCCUGCACAACACUCAGCCCUAUUUUUUGUUCUGCUUGCGCUCUUUCUAAGGUGAGGUCAGCCGUGUGGAGCGGCAGGGGAGAGCGCAGAAUGCCUUCUUAUUGAGGUCAAAGAAACGCAUACAGUGUAUGCAGCCCUACAUGCUGAGAGUCAUCAGUCUUCUAUUUCCGCCUCUCAAAAAGCAGGAAUGUUUUCACAAAGAAAUCACAAAUAUGUUAAUAGCUUCUGAUGCGCUUAUUCCUGUUGCUUGUCCCUCUCAAUAACGAUUCCCACAGUCGGAAUGACUGGCAUCUUUCACACACCGGUUGUGGCAUUCCUUCUAUGGGCCGAUAUCGACGAGUGAGGAGGCUCCCGGCUGCCAGCUGACCGUCUAAGUCAUGCCGUCAACUGGCUGCUUUUAACCGCUGACGUUAAUGUCAGCCCUCACUGCAGCGAACGCACGCGGUAUCUCUUACCCUUAAAACCUCAACCUAAAAUAGACGCGUGGUAAAAUAUUGACCGGACAGAGGAGGCAUAGAGAGCAGU